CAAGAAGUCUACUUGAAUAAUUUAUCCCUAAUGCCAGUGGCAUUCACCAUAACCGUGCUGAACGACGGUAACCAACCACCACUGACUCACGAAGAAUUCAUCAGGGCUCCCACAAAAAGCAGUUUCCCUUCGAAUCCUCGAGAGUUUUACGUCGUACCCGAAGAGGGUGUCGUUGCAGCUCAAGACCUCCUCAGAAUUAAAGUCAGCAUCACGACUACCAUUAACCACAGUUCAAUUAGAAAUAAAUAAUUUCCACAGGUUACCUACAUCGCUAACCUUGCUCGUUCUGGUCAAACGACGAUUCAAGUCAUUAUGAAGGACUCGGACCUAGAUCCAUUAACCCUACCCGUCAAGUUCUUUGGUCACGUGGCUACCUUAUUGAUAAUUCCAUCGGAAAUAACUAUUCGAUUUUGCUUUAUCAAUUUUCCCUAUUCGAGGUCUUUUACGGUGCAGAAUACCUCCGAUCUGGAUGGGUACUUCUAUAUUAUACCGCAACAAGUAUGGUUCAUGUUUAAUUAUUUAAACAAUGCAUUUUUUAAUAAUGUUCAGUGUUGUUUAUCAUACAGAUGUUAUCAUGUCUUCAUACAGAUGUUAUUCAUCAUGUCUACAUAAAAAUGUUAUUCAUAAUUUCUUCGUACAGAUGUUAUUUUGAAAUUUACAUAGGUGACAGAAGACACACCUGUGAUCUACUCUCUGUCGACGUACCAAGGCUACAUCAAGGCGAAUCAGUCAAGAACAAUUAACGUGACAAUUAUCACGAAGGUGUUGGGAACACAGAAAGUCACCCUGAAGUAAUACCACCAAUAAUACUCUGAAGUAAUACCACUAAUAAAUGAUAUUAGCAAUUAAUGGAAAAUUAAUUGUGCAGUAUGUUAACGAUGGGCGAGAAAUCAUCGAGUACCGUCUGCGCCAUCACCUGUACCGGACAAGGACCGGUGAUCUCCGUGGAACCAAUGUCUUUCGACUUCGGAGAAGUUCAUGUUCUCGAGGAGAAAACGACAGAACUUGUGGCGAUCAACGAUUCACCGAUACCUGCUCAUUUCAACAUAACUUUGAUGUUGAAGGACCACGUGAACUCAUCGUGGAUCGUAGACCCAGAAUCAGGAGACCUCGAGCCGGACAAGCGAAUGACAAUCAAAGUGAAAUUAUUCCUCCGCGACACGGGAAAAGUCAAGAACGCCGUUUUGUUGUCUGUUCUGAACAGUAGAACAAUUCCAGUCGAAGUCACUGCGAUUGGAGUCGGAUGCAGCGUUGUCUUCGAUCCAAAUAUAUUUCCCGUCUACGACCUAGGCCUUCUCUUCAGCCACCAUGUAAUAAAUCGAUCGAUAACUAUGACAAAUUACGCUACUCGCACUAUUCAAAUAGUGUGGACAACGGAGCCGGAGGUGCAGUUCUAUCGUGGUAAAAUGCUGCAGACGAAUAGCACCAAGUUUCAAUUGGACCCUACCAUCGUGGAUAUUCCUCCUGAGCAAACGAGGGUUGUGCAGUGUAAAUUGUUCUGGAAAGUAAACGAGUGCCUGCUCGAAGACUGGUACAUUUUUGGAAUGGUACAAGGAAUUGGAAAGCGUGAAUUGAUCGGAAAAUCUACCUUCAAAGUGACUCUAACCGAACCGCAGAUCUGGUUCAGUAAAAGAGGUCUAACGUUUCGAGUCGACAUCUGUCCUGACGGUGAUAAAUUACAGCAGAGAGAUGAGUUAUUGGUAACCAAUCAAUCAAGACUGGACCUGAACGUCCAGCUGUCGGUGAAAGGUCCGUUUUAUUUGUUGACCGCCAUGAAGGAACGCGUGCAAAGCAUGGGAAUCGUUUUAAUCGAUACAGCCACCACGGAGAUCUGCGUAUUUUUCGCAAUGGAUGAUUCACCCAAAGAUUUGUACUCGCGAACGUACACUGGGCAGCUUCUGCUGGAAUACAUGGAACAUCCUAAUCAAGAUAAAAUCUCGUGCACGGCUUACGUGAAUUAUCCGAAUUUGAUCGUCGAACCUAGGGACAUUGUUAUCGAUUGCGAAUUAGGGUGCAGCGCGGAGAAAGUGGUGACGUUGACCAAUAACGGCCCGGUUAAGGUCGUGUACAAAUUUUUAUGGGUUAUGGAUUCUGUCGAGAUCGAUAAAGACACGGACAGUGAUCAAGAAUGUUCAGGGUGCUCGCCGCAGCAGACAGAACAGAGUUUUCACACAGAAAAUGAGAACUCGAUUGAAACUACGAAACCUGAAAUUUGUAUAAGUGAUAGACAAGACGGAAGCGGAGACGGGCCAUUGAAAUUUGAAAAUUAUUUAAAAGGUCAACUUGUUACAGCACCCAUUUCAGAGGUACACAAAUUGAAGCCAGAAGGUCCGGAUACGAGUCUUUCUGAAAUAAGUGAUUGUAUGGUGGAUGUGGAGGAGAUGAGAAAAUUUUUGGUACCCAUUGUUGGGAAAUAUUUCGAGGAGGAUGAGGAUCUCGUUGUUCUGAAGAAUUUGAGUAGUAAGCCUCGGAAGUGCCAUUAUAUCGACGAAGUGGUGAAAAUCGUACCUAGGGAGGGAGUCGUGCCUCCGUAUUCCGUGCACCAUCUUUACCUGGGAUUUCACGGUUUCCAACGUCUUCGAGUACGCGCUAAAGCUGUUUUCGAAAUUCUUCGAGGACCUACCGAGGAAAUUCGCCUAACUGCUCGAGCGGACCUCACUCGAUUCUCCAUUGACGCUGACGUCAUUGAUUUUGGCCAACAACUGUUCCUGGAUAGCACUAGUAAGCGCUUCACCUUACGGAAUCUCGGCACGACAGCGUUCCAGUACAAAAUAAAUAGCACGAUACCGUGUUCCAACGAAGAAAUCGAUAGUCCCGAUAUAAAUUCGCUAAAAGUCGAACCAUACACGGGUAACGUGGAUCCUGAAUUAUUCGUGGAACUUCGUGUGGAGCAUCGCGCUAACAUUCUUGGCCCGAUUCAUCAUCGAUUUCAAUUGGAGAUUAAUCAUUUGAUGCCAAUGACCAUAAAAGUGAUCGCCUGUGGGGGAUUUCCCCAAGUUUAUCCGUGUAUACCACAAGGGAAAUUACCCCACUAUCAUUCCAUCGAAUUGGAAUAUUCCGCCAUUCAAUCUCUACCCGAUAAAUUCUUUAUUCGCGUAAGUAAUCGACUGAAUUGCACAAGUUCGGAGAAGAAGGACGAUUUAACCAAAGAGGAUAUCGACGCUCUGACCGUGGAGGAUUGGUGCAUUAUUUCUUACGAAGAAACGUUUCCUGGCGUUAUGGAUAUCGAUAUGGCGGUGGAAAGACACUUGGCAAAAAAGUUCAUCGAUGCAAAUUCAUACAUUUUAAUGCAGCAUAGCAACACUGGUAAACGCGAGCCAAUACCUCAACUUUUCUCCUGCGAAUAUAUUAUUGAUAUGGAGUACGUGAUCGUCGACUGUGCCGCUCAUUAUUCCGCGAAGAUAAUUAAUUACGGCCCGUGGGUCGUGGAGAUGAGAAUGAAGGAGACAAGAAGAAAGGAGGUGCUCGCGAAAUCUGGCAUUGUAGUGCAAUUUAAGAACCACUCGAAAUUAGUGGUAGACGAUUGUGCUGUUCUCCAUGUAACUUGGCAUCCGACUCGAGAAAGAUUCUCCGAAAAAAACACGCAAGUGCAACAUACUAUUUACAUCGAGGUGGUUCACGGAUGCAAGAUUCCCAUACUGAUACAAGGAAUAGUAACCUACCCCUACCUCACGGUGAACACCAAACUUUUGGACUUCCAAGACGUCGUCGUCGGAGAAUGUCUAGUGCUCUGCAUCCUAGUUAAAAACGAGUAAAAUUUGAUACCAUAAAAAUACCAAGAUUGAUGAGAAGUCCUGUGUAAAAUCGCGCGAUUCAAUUCGACGUUCAAAACCGAUCUCCCUAUUGAAAACUAGAGAAACUGAAUGAAGAUCGACCGAGUGACCUCUAUAGAUUCCUAUAAAUGCGUGUGUACUAGGCCGACAAAAAAAUUCGCUGACUCGACGGGGUGUAGACGUGAGUAGUUUUUCUACUGGCAGCAAAAAAAUGCUUACCCCGUCGUGAGAACCAUUGGCGUAUUCCCCUUUUAUUCUAGAUUUCUUACCCUCUGCCAUAAGCGUACACACCCAUUUUUUACUCUCACUGCAUCUAAAUUAAAAUUGGUCGAAUUGAAUCGUCCUGAAUUGAACUGUCCCCAAAUAUAAUCGCCCCGAAUUGAAUCGUGUCAAACUGACCCAUCCAAAACACCUUAUAUAAAAUAAAGAAUUCCUACAGUAACAUUGUAUCCCUAAAAUAAUUUCCCAGGGGAUUAAUCGACUGCGCUUGGGAGACGAGAUUAUCAGGAUCUCGCAAGAAACAAGAAGUAUGCCCGUUUUACGUGCAGAACGAACUUAACUAUAGUCCACCCGGUCACGAACAAGUCAUUCGUAUCAGCUUUAAACCCGUGAAAACGGUAAGAAUCUGCGACCAUUACAAACAUCGCUGAACCGAUAAAAAUUGUUCUAAUGUCUACAGUUUUAUGCGGUGGCUAAGUUGAAGAUAAUUGUCCAGUACAGUCUCGAAACUGAGAUCAUA